AUGACAGAGACCACAGCACCAGUUGCCGAGACUCCCGUUGAGACCCCCGUUGAGACCUCCGUGGUCCCAGCAGCAGCCGUUGACGAGAAGGCCCCGGUAGCCGAGACGAAGACACCUGCACCUGAAACAAAAACAACCGAGGCCGCACCCCCAGCCGAGGCCGCACCAGUCGCCGACACCCCUGCAGCUGCUCCUGCCGAGACCCCUGCACCAGUUUCCGCCGCCCCUAAACUCACCAUCCAUCCAGAGGUCAUUCCAAACGCCGAGUUAGCCGCAGAGGAGGCCAAGGACAACAAGCGCUACACGCCCUUCAUCAACCCCAAGCCCGAUUGCAACCCCCCAAAGGUCGAGGCUAUAACUGCCGAGCAGGAGACCAAAUACGCCGAGCUUCUUACCUACAUCGAAAAGCUCGAGUCCGUCCCCGUCUCCACCGAGAAGGGCGCCGAAGCCAAGCCCCUCGACGAUGAGGAGAAGAUGUGGCUGACGCGGGAGUGCCUUCUCCGCUACCUCCGCGCCACAAAGUGGAACGUCGCCAACGCAAAGAAGCGUGUGGAGGGCACGCUGACCUGGCGUCGGGAGUACGGUGUUCGCGAGCACACCGGAGACUAUAUCUCGCCGGAGCUUGAGACAGGAAAGAUGUACACACUGGGUUUCGACAACGACGCGCGGCCAUGUAUUUACCUGAACCCCGGGAGACAGAAUACUGAGAAGGGCCCGAGACAGGUGCAUGCGCUGGUGUUCAUGCUUGAGAGAGUCAUUGAUAUCAUGGGACCGGGACAGGAGACUUUGGCGCUCCUGAUCGACUUCAAGAGUGCGACAAGCAGCACGAGUCCGUCAGUCGGGCAGGGAAGAGAGGUUCUGAACAUUCUGCAGAUGCACUAUCCCGAGAGAUUGGGCAGGGCGUUGAUCAUCAACAUCCCUUGGUUCGUGUCACUCUUCUUCAAGGCCAUCAACCCAUUUAUUGAUCCCCUGACCCGUGAAAAACUCAUUUUCAAUGAGGACCUCCGUAAAUACGUCCCUGCCGACCAGCUCGACAUCAAGUUCGGCGGAGACAGUAACUUUGAGUACCAGAACCCCAAAUACUGGCCCGAGAUCCUGCGCAUCGCUGGCGAGCGCCGCGCUGCAUACACAGCACGAUGGAAGGAGCUUGGAUCCAAGGUCGGCACCAGCGAGGUUGUGCUGCGGGGCGGAAAGAGCAGUGUAGACGAGGUGGCGGAGGAGGUGGCCAAGAUGGCUAUGGAUUAG